AAGAAGUAAACAAGCUUUUGAGUGCCCUGACCCUCCUUCAGGUAUUUUGGAAAUAUUUGCUGUGUCUCAGGGGAUUGUAGGAAUACGAGGAGUUUUCAGCAACAAAUUUUUAGCGAUGUCAAAAAAAGGAAAACUCCAUGCAAGUGCCCGGUUCACGGCGGACUGCCAGUUUCGGGAGCGCUUCCAGGAGAACAGCUACAACACCUACGCCUCGGCCGUCCACCGCAGCCCGCGCUCGGGCCGGCAGUGGUACGUGGCCCUCAACAAGCGGGGCAAAGCCAAGCGGGGCUGCAGCCCCCGCGCCCGGCCCCAGCACGUCUCCACGCACUUCCUCCCCCGCUUUCGGCAGCCCCAGCCCCCCGAGCUCGCCUUCACCGUCACCCUCCCCGAAAAGAAGCCCCUGCCGCCGCCGAAACCGAAGGUCGCCCCGUCCUCGCCUCGGAAAAACCCCAGCCCCGUCAAGUACCGGCUGAAGUUUCGCUUCGGGUAGCGCGCCAUGGCGGGGAUGUUGGUGCGGGAGAGACCGGGCGCCCGGGUGGCUUUUUGGGGGUGACCCCGUGGGAGACCUGCGUCCCGCCAGGCUCCGGGUAGCUGUGUUGGGCUCGGGGUCUUCUCUUCACCUCGCAAACUGGAUGGCAUCCUCGGAGGCGUGUGCUGGGACGGCAUAACUUGGACUUUCUGAAGAGUAUUCCUGUGGUGAACAGAAAACACUUGAUGGACCUCGGGUUAAUUUUCUGUUGCUGAAAGAAGCAGAAAGGUACCUCUAUGGCGAACAUAUUUUCUUACCUUAUUUUCACUAGUGACUCUUUUGACAAUCAUUUUCAUACAAGAGAUAUGUUCAGAGCCAACCUAUUAAGUGCUUUUUUUUUCUUUGUUGUUUUUUGGCAUCUCCUUUUUGCUGCACUUUUUUCCUCCGACCAUACCUCAGACACCGUAUAUCCAGGUCUGCCCCUUCCCCUUCUCUUACAAACCAUCUCCUCCAUUCCACAACAGAACAACAAGCCCAAGCCCAACAAAUCCAUUCACCUUAUCUGUGGUGCAAAGGGGUCUUAAAGCUCUUUGUUGGCAAUAAUAAUUUUUUUUUUUCCUUUUUUUUUUUGGUUUUAAGGGUUGCAGGCUUGGGGAGGGCGGCUGUUUGCAGCCCAG